AUGGCGGUGAUCAUCUUUCUGUUGGACAACACCCCAUUGAUGCUACAACAGUCGAUGAUGAAUGGGGUGCGCAAUUCAUACAUAGAUAUCGCGAAACAGACGGUGGAAAUGUUCCUAGAACUUCGUGAAUCGCAUCCGGACAGACAGUACGAUCGUUACAUGCUACUAACAUACGACAUUCCACCGAAAAAUGUAAAAGCGGGCUGGAACGAAAGUAUGGAGCAGUUUAAAACCGCAUUAAUCACACUACAAUGCACUGGAAGUACAUCGGACAGCAAUGCACUAGGAAAUGUGUUUGAGCUACUCAAUCAGGAGCGCAUGAUGGUUGGCCUUGAUACGUACGGAUAUGGAAGAUGUCCAUUCAACAACAUGCGCAGCUGGAUUGUGCUCCUCACAAGCCAUCACCGCUAUCCGAAGGUAUACAAUACGCAAUGUUUGCCGCUUUACCCGAACUUGGAUGGAUCACGACUGACGAAGGAACCGUUCCGCUGGGAUCAGCGAUUGUUUGCAUUGGUUCUAGGGAGUUUGAAAAGUUCGCCGUACAUCGAAAAAAUGGCUCUUGCAAUGGGUGGAUGGUGUAUGCGGAUUACAUCGAAGAGAACCUUGGAUCAAAGCAUAUCGCGACUAGCGAAAAGCUUAAAUUUUGAGCUGAUGGUUAAUUUUGUACAAGAAACAACCCACAUAACAUGCAUUGCCCAAACAAGCAUCAUCAAACUUGAGCCGUCGAAUUGUGCCAUCACGUACUGUGGUAAGGAAUGGAAAGGGUCGUGGCCUUUCCCAGAAUCUUACUGGCCAGAUUUAAAACAAAAUGAGCUGCCACCACGGGAUGCUCAUCCAGAGGUGCGCAUUCUUCCUGUGUGUUGCGACGAACCGGUAUGGACGAUGAAUAUCCCAGUCGACAAGUACGAGGUGCGGGAACGCAUGGGUGGAAGCAGCAUACUACUUACAGCGGACGAAGACAAGGUAUGGCCGGUGGUGAUUACGACGAACACGAAUCGAAAGGAACAACCCUUUGGCUACCUUAAACGAGCUUCCGGGAAAACAUUUUUGUAUGUAUUACCCUACAACUAUCCCGAGCUGCAUCGACUGAUGGAUGAAAAUUUUCCUCUUUUGAACGCGAAAAAUCUGAAGUUCAUUUACGCCAUGAAGCACUACAUAUCUAUGAUACCACCGUACUACUGUUUUUACUUGCGCAAAGCGUUGAGCGGUAUGUUGGAAAAUUCGGUGUUGGAAACGGUAUUGCCGGAUGAAAACGUGUAUUAUCUUAAUUAUAACAUAUUGAAAAGUUUGAACAACAUGCGACAGGAUGCAAAAUUGCACCGUAUGCAAUUGUGUGAUUACGUGUCCGGGCAACAAGGCAAACCCAAUGCGAAGCAGCUGGAAACCGCUCAGCUAAUCAAUGUACAUGCGUUGCUACACCGGCGCAAAGAGGAUACCGAGCAGACAGUUAAAAAUAUCGUCGUACCGACCACCGAACGGUCGACUUCGCCUCCAGAUUAUCGCAAACUUCACGCCAUCGAUCGGAAGGACAUGCUCGAUAUGAUAAAUCGUUUGAGAAAUGUCUUCUAUUACCCGGAAAAUAUGUCAAGCUGCAUGAAUUCCCUCAAACACACGGUACCUAUAUCGCAGAUGCAAAAUUACACAACCCAGCCGAGUGUUGCCAGCCUGCGGACCAUCACUGACAGCGAUAGUACCGAGAGCUUUCCAGUCACAUCGGUUCGAUAUAACCCGCAGGAAUCUAACAAACGCACAACGAAGAGAAUGAAAUUACUUUAG